CUUCUCGGCGGAAGUUAUUCCCCGGCUCCUCGGCGGAUGUCCGGACGGCCGUCCCCUCGUGGCGAAUCGCCGGCAUGGCGCACUACAACUUCAAGAAGAUCACGGUGGUGCCGUCCGCCAAGGACUUUAUUGACCUGACAUUAUCGAAGACUCAGCGAAAGACUCCGACAGUUAUCCACAAACAUUAUCAAAUCCAUCGCAUUAGACAUUUUUAUAUGAGGAAAGUCAAAUUUACUCAGCAGAAUUACCAUGACAGACUCUCACAAAUUCUGACAGAUUUCCCCAAAUUGGAUGAUAUUCAUCCAUUUUAUGCAGAUUUGAUGAACAUUCUCUAUGACAAGGAUCAUUACAAGUUGGCUCUAGGACAAAUAAACAUUGCCAAAAAUUUAGUGGACAACGUUGCUAAAGAUUAUGUGCGGCUCAUGAAAUAUGGUGAUUCUCUGUACCGCUGCAAGCAACUGAAACGCGCUGCUCUCGGGCGGAUGUGUACUAUUAUCAAGAGACAGAAGCAGAGUUUGGAAUAUUUGGAACAAGUGCGUCAGCAUCUGUCCCGUCUGCCCACCAUUGACCCGAACACGAGGACCUUGCUUCUGUGUGGGUACCCCAACGUUGGCAAGUCCAGCUUCAUCAACAAGGUAACGAGAGCGGAUGUGGACGUCCAGCCCUAUGCCUUCACCACCAAGUCUCUGUUUGUGGGGCACAUGGAUUACAAGUACCUGCGCUGGCAGGUGGUGGACACCCCUGGGAUCCUGGACCACCCUCUGGAGGACCGCAACACCAUCGAGAUGCAGGCCAUCACGGCUCUGGCCCACCUGCGAGCCGCGGUGCUGUACGUGAUGGAUCUGUCAGAGCAGUGCGGCCAUGGGCUCGUGGAGCAGCUGGAACUCUUCCGGAACCUCAGGCCACUCUUUGUCAACAAGCCCCUUAUCGUCGUAGCAAACAAAUGUGAUGUGAAGAGGAUCUCUGAGCUUUCUGAGGACAAUCAGAAAAUAUUUCUAGACCUGCAGACAGAAGGCUUUCCUGUGGUGGAGACCAGCACACUGACGGAGGAAGGGGUUAUCAGAGUGAAGACAGAGGCUUGUGACAGGCUUUUGGCUCAUCGUGUUGAAACCAAAAUGAAGGGAAAUAAAGUGAAUGAGGUGCUGAACAGAUUGCACUUGGCUGUUCCUAGCAGGAGAGAUGACAAGGAGAGGCCCCCAUUCAUCCCUGAAGGUGUGGUGGCACGUAGGAAGAGGAUGGAGCUCGGGGAGCCGAAGAGGAGGCAGGAACGGGACCUGGAACUGGAGAUGGGAGAUGAUUAUAUUCUGGAUCUUCAAAAGUACUGGGAUAUAAUGAAUUCAUCUGAGAAACAUGACAAGAUCCCUGAGAUCUGGGAAGGCCAUAACAUAGCCGACUAUAUCGACCCUGACAUCAUGCAGAAAUUGGAAGAGUUAGAAAAAGAAGAAGAACUAAGAACAGCUGCUGGAGAGUAUGACAGUGAAUCUGAAAGUGAAGAUGAAGAAAUGGCGGAGAUUCGACAGCUGGCAAAACAGAUUAGGGAAAAAAAGAAGCUGAAGAUUCUACAGUCCAGAGAGAAGGACACACAGGGGCCCAGGAUGCCUCGGACGGCCAAGAAGGUUCAGCGGAAGGUCUUGGAGGAUGAGAUGCGCAGUCUUGGUAUUGACAUGGACGACAAAGACAACGCCCAUUACGCAGUCCAGGCCAGAAGGUCUCGGAGCAUCACCAGGAAGAGGAAGCGGGAAGACUCUGUCCUGCCCGCCUCUGUGACCCGCAGUCACAGCUGUUCUCGGCCUCCACGUGAUGUCUCUGGUCUCCGGGAUGUCAAGAUGGUGAAGAAGGCCAAGACGAUGAUGAAGAAUGCUCAGAAGAAGAUGAAUCGCUUGGGGAAGAAAGGGGAGGCAGACAGACAUGUGUUUGACAUGAAACCGAAGCACUUGCUCUCAGGAAAGAGGAAAGCUGGUAAAAAGGACAGGAGAUAGUGUCCUUUGCCGCUAAAACACUUUGACCUGACUUUUUCCUGGUUUGGUUUCACAGAGCUGGGAGUCAUGAUCUGUAAACUGAAUAGAACAGUGAAGUAACUCAAGGACUUGAUGCUUUGCUGAAAGCUUGGGGCUGGUGCAUGGGGAUGACCCAGAGAGAUGUUAUGGGGAGGGAGGUGGGAGGGGGGUUCAUGU